AACCCAUCCCUAGAUUCGAUAGAGUCGAGUUGGCAUUUGUACUCGAAAAAUUCCAUUUAAUUAAAAAAAACCCAAUUGUUUAAAAAAUUAUUAAACAAGUAAAUGGUUUAUUAACACACUGCAAGUACGUGUAAUUGAACGACAGUUUUGUUUUGUCCACUGCAACAACAUGUUGCACAAUAACGGCAACUGGCUGCCACCGCCUCAGCAGUCGCAGCAGCAGCAGCAACAACUACGUCAGCAACAGCAGGCAGCAACAUUGCAACAUCACUCUCAUCAGGCACCACAACAACAACAGCUGCAGCAGCAACAGGCGACUUUGCAACAACAACAACAGCAGCAGCCACCUCAGCUUUAUGCCAGCCAAAUGUUUCAGCAGCCGCAGCUGCCAACACAAGCAACAACACAACAACAAUAUUGGCCAGAGGAGCAGCAGACGCUAAACUACAACAAUUACUAUGCACCACAACAACAACCGGCACCACAACAAUCACUACAACAAGCACCACAACAGCAACAGCUACCACAACAACAACUACCACAACAACCUUUGCUUUAUGCCGCACCAGCAACAACAACAACAACUGAGCUCGCCACACAGCAGCAACAAUUCUAUUCAGCACCGCAGCAAUUGGAGGCGAAUGUCUUUGACAAUAAUAAUAGUGGCAAAAAUGAUGGCUGGGAUGAUUGGGGCGAUUGGAAUGAUAAUGCCAAUAACAGCAGUAAUAAUAAUAUUAACAAUAGUAGCAACAAUAUGUUACACAACAACAACAGCAGCAAUAGCGAGGCGCCAGCGCUUGCUUGUGUUGUAGAGGAUGCAUUUAAUGUACACGGUCAAAGCAGUUGGCAUGCUUUUGGCAACAGCAGCAGCAACAACACCUCGGAAGCUGGCAAAGCGUUGUCAGAAUUGCCACCGUUGUUAACACCAGACACGACGCAGCUGACGUCGGUGGUGCCGGAGCCAGAACUGAAUGCCAUUGUGCCACCGCGUGCCUUUCAAAAUCAGCCGCAAGUUGUAGCAACAAUAGAAACAGCAGCAGUAGCGGCAACACCUCCAACAGUGGCAACCCUAACAGCAGCAACACUUGCUCCUGCACCACCAACAGCAGCAGCAACACUUGCU